AUGUCGGUUCUCGUUUCGGGCAUCGACACGGCCGCCGAAGACCGCUGGCUGAUGCAUGUCAGCCGGGCCGGCGUCGGUUCGAUCCACUCCGCCGAAGUCCGUUUCCCGGUCGAUACCGGUGUCACCGGCGCGAUCCGCAAACCCGAUGGCGCGCAAUCGGGCGUCGGGCCGCUCGCCGUGAUCAGCGAAAAGCAGGUUCUGCCCGACACGCCCGACGAGGCGCGCAUCAACCGCACCGAGAAGUCCGGUCGCAUCGCCGCCGUCGUUCCCGCCGCCCCGCCCAAGGAUUUCUCGGCUGGCUCGAUCCUGGAACGCCAGUCCAGCAUCCUGCGGCCCUCGCUUGAGGACGGCGUGCAGAUGGCUUUCGUCAAGCCGGAAAUUCGCGGCGAAGAGAUGCAGAUCGCCGCCGCGUUCCACAUUCGCAAGCCGGCGCCCGAGCCCCAGGUGUCCUCGAUGAUCGCGUCCCUGGUCACCAAUACCAAUCCCGAUGUCCUGGCGACCGCCUAUGCGCCGCCGGAAGCCGACUUCGCCGAAGAAUCGCCAUUCGCCAGCCUGCUGCGCAGCGAGCCGGCCGGCCGCGGCCGGUUCAUUCCGCCGGUACCGGAAAACGAUCACGCCUGGGCCAGCAGCCCGCUGCCGCCGCGCGUCUUUUCCGAUCGCGAGCAGAAAUGCCUUGCCGAAGGCAUUUACUUCGAGGCCCGCGGCGAGAUCGCGCGCGGUCAGGCAGCCGUCGCCCAGGUGAUCCUCAACCGGGUGCGCAACCCCUCAUUCCCGAACUCGAUCUGUGGUGUCGUCUAUCAGAACCGGCAUUGGCGCAACCGCUGCCAGUUCUCGUUUGCCUGCGACGGCAUUCGCGACCGCAUCACCGAGCCGCACAUGUGGCAGAAGGCCAAGGACAUCGCGAUGGCCACCACGGCCGGCAAGAUCUGGCUCGACGAGGUCGGCUCGUCGACCCAUUAUCACGCCACCUAUGUCAACCCGCGCUGGGCCCGGUCGAUGAAACGGCUGACGCGGAUCGGCCUGCACAUCUUCUACCGCACCUAUGGCGGCGGCUGGAGCUGA